ACGCACCAACACACUUUUCAUCGCUUAUUCUUGAACAGUUUCAAUUUUUUGAACGAGAAAACUCAAUAAUAAAAAUCAACCUAAUACGUAAAACAUUAUCACGAUCCCCCUCAAUGAUGAUGGUCACUUAAUGAUCACCACAAAAAAGAACUGUGAUAGACUGUAAUUAAUGACUGGAUAGUUUUGAGAUAACGAGUCGACCCCAGGAGUCUUUUAUCAUCACUAAAUGUGGAAAAAUCCGCUUUAUUUGUGCGAGAAAAGUUCACUUGCCCUAUUUACCCACAUAAAAACAGUCAAUAAACACGUUCAUUUUUAAUCAAUCAUGGUUCAAUUAAAGUUAAACUGCAGCCGAGACGACAUGCGGGAGUCUGGCUUCUGCUGCGAUCCCAACAACCCCAACCCUUGUAGCCACAAGAACAAUGGGGCCCUAGUGGAAGACCCCAGCUGCAACCCGGACUCACCCCUCAAAGUCACUUUCGAGGAAAUUACAUCGGCUGCGUAUAAAAUCAAAUCGGGGAUUAUCAACACACCAUGCCCGCGCUCCCACAUGUCGCACUUAACCGGAAUGGAUGUUUAUUUGAAAAAAGACUUUUUACAAAAUACGGGAAGUUUUAAGGAACGGGGGGCGCGGUAUGCCAUGUUGAUGUUGUCACCGGAGCGCAGACAAAACGGAGUCAUUGCGGCUUCGCUCGGAAACCAUGCCCAAGCGGUUUGUUACCACGGCUACCUCCUGGGAAUCCCCGUCACGGUGGUCAUGCCCAUAAUAGCCCCCAUAAUGAAAAUCCAGAAGUGUAAGGAAUUCAACGCUAAUGUUAUCAUGGAGGGCAAAGAUAUGGCCGAAGCCAAGAAAAUCGCCAUUAAGAUGGCGAAGGAGAAAGGUUACACUUAUAUCAACGGUUACGACCAUCCGCAAAUUAUUGCAGGCCAAGGCACCAUAGCUUUGGAAAUUUUGGAGCAAGUGGAAGACAUCGACGCUAUUGUGGUGCCCACGGGUGGGGGCGGGCUCUUGGCGGGGGUGGCGGUCGCCGUUAAGACACUGAACCCCAAAAUUAAGAUUAUCGGAGUUGAAUCCGAAAGGUGUGCAAGUUUUUCCAAAGCCAUGGAUGCGGAAAAGCCGGUGUCUACGGCUAUUGAGGGGACACUCGCCGAUGGGUUGGCGGUACCAAUGGUUGGGUACAACGCAUGGGAGACGGCAAAAUCUCUAGUCGAUAAGAUGGUCGUAGUGAAAGAAGAGUGGAUCGCAGUGGCGAUCUUGAGGAUGGUCGAGUUGGAAAAGUGUGUCGUGGAGGGUGCUGGGGCUGUUGGGUUGGCUGCGAUUUUGGCGGGACAGCUGGAUGAAUUCAAGGGGAAAAGAGUUGUGUUAAUUUUGAGCGGGGGCAACAUCGACACCACAAUUUUGGGGCGGUGUUUAGAACGUGGCCUGGCAGCCGAUGGCCGACUUGUCAAAUGUAAAGUUACUGUAAGCGAUAGACCUGGAGGUAUUUCCGAAUUAUGUAAACUGAUCGGUUCCAUUGGGGUUUCCAUCAAAGACGUCAUACAUGAAAGGGCUUGGGUCACCUCUGAUGUUUUCAGUGUUGAGGUAAAAGUUGUGUGUGAAACUCGGGAUUACGCCCAUAGUUUGGAACUGAGAGAACUACUGUUCAAUCGAUACAAAAAGGUUAAAUUUGAAAAUUUGCCAGACAAUCUGGCGGUCUCGUCGACUAGUGACGAAUGCAUAUACAAGCAACAAUGUAAUUAAUUGUACCUGUGGCUAUACUAUUAAUUAAGAUGUAUAUUUUUUUAUUAACUGUAACAAAAUUCUGCUCAGACAUUUAUUAAUUAUUAUUGUGAUUACGACAACAAAAACAUAUCAAUAAAAGAAUCCACACUUAUCAAAA